GAGAGAGAGAGAGAGAGAGAGAGAGAGAGAGAGAGAGAGAGAUACUAAGAGCACGUCUGUUUUUACUCCACUCCACACAGUGAGGCUGGAGAGAGCUCAUGCCACAGAGUUGAUGAGGUGGAUAGCUGCUUGUUCACACCACACCGUGUGUACAGAGAUAAAGAGAGGAGGAAGACAAGAGAAAUCACAGGAAAAUAAAGCAGCAGGAUUUUUUUCUGUGGUUAUUCUUUUCUCUGUUGUCAAGAGAGAUAGACAGACACAGGACGAGAGGAAAAGCAGUCUUUUAGAAACCCCUUACUGCAUGGGACACCUACCUCGUUCUGAUCCUGGGUUUACACCAGCCUGGAAGUGAGGAGAAGUCAUUUGUUGGAAUCUAAGAGCUCAGGUGCUUUGGAGCAUGUAGGAUUUCUAUAGUACCGGACCAGACUACAGUACCGGACCAAGACUUCAGUACCGGACCAAGACUACAGUACCGGACCAGACUACAGUACCGGACCAGACUACAGUACCGGACCAAGACUACAGUACCGGACCAGACUACAGUACCGGACCAAGACUACAGUACCGGACCAAGACUACAGUACCGGACCAGACUACAGUACUGGACCAAGACUACAGUACCGGACCAAGACUACAGUACCGGACCAGACUACAGUACCGGACCAGACUACAGUACUGGACCAAGAUUACAGUACCGGACCAAGACUACAGUACCGGACCAAGACUACAGUACCGGACCAAGACUACAGUACUGGACCAGACUACAGUACCGGACCAAGACUACAGUACCGGACCAAGACUACAGUACCGGACCAAGACUACAGUACCGGACCAGACUACAGUACCGGACCAGACUACAGUACUGGACCAAGACUACAGUACCGGACCAGACUACAGUACCGGACCAGACUACAGUACUGGACCAAGACGGGACAGUAUGGUCAGUGGACCAGCUCAGUAGCGUCUGUCUGUUUGUUUACUCAGCCUGGACGGUGAAUAAGAGGGGGACGUAACUGAAGGACAGACUGAUGAUGGGUUGGUCUGUGUGGUCAUCUCAAACAACUUGUAUCGUCUUAUCCAAUCCCUGCCAAGGACCGUUAUCCUCUUGACCAAUCCCUGUCCAGGACUGUUAUCCUCUCGACCAAUCCAUUUUGAGGAGUUUUAUCUUGGUAUAAAUCACAGAGGAUAAUGCAUAUCCUUCCCCCUCUGGAGAGAGAAGAAGGAACCAUGAGCAACGUCACCGUCACCGACAACGCAGCCGAGCCCAUCAGCAGAACCAUGUCUCCAGCCACGCCCUACCCUUACCCCUACCCCAUCUCCUUCCAGGUGUCCCUGACCGGCUUCCUGAUGCUGGAGAUCGUGCUGGGCCUGAGCUCCAACCUCACCGUGCUGGCCCUGUACUGCAUGAAGUCCAACCUGAUCUCCUCGGUCUCCAACAUCGUCACCAUGAACCUUCACGUCCUGGAUGUGUUAGUGUGUGUCUGCUGUAUCCCACUGACCAUGGUGGUGUUGCUGUUGUCUCUGGAGGGGGAUACAGCCUUGGUUUGUUGCUUCCACGAGGCCUGUGUGUCGUUCGCUAGUGUCGGCACGGCAGCCAACGUACUCGCCAUUACCCUGGACCGGUACGACAUCUCUGUGAAACCAGCGAAUAGAGUCCUAACGAUGGGCCGAGCCCUGGCUCUGCUGGCCACCAUUUGGGUGCUAUCGUUCCUCAGUUUCCUGGUGCCUUUCAUGGAGGUGGGGUUCUUCGCCCCAGGCCAGUCGGAGCUGAACCAGACUCUAACGGAUGUAGUCACAGUGGCCCACACCAACCAAUACUACACAGAGUUAGGACUCUACUAUCACCUACUGGUCCAGAUACCCAUCUUCUUCUUCACUGCUGUUGUGAUGCUCGUCACCUAUUCCAAGAUCCUCCAAGCGCUCAACAUCCGCAUUGGGACGCGCUUUCACACAGCGUCGCAGAAGAAGAAGGCCAGGAGGAAAAAACGUCCCUCCAUGACGGCUAUGACGUCACAGGCGACGGACGGGGCCACGGACCCAUCCGAGCCCAGCGGCCGUGCUCUCCCCCCGAUGGGCAUGCGGACCUCCGUCUCCCUCAUCAUUGCGUUGAGACGAGCGGUUAAACGCCACCGGGAGCGACGAGAACGCCAGAAACGAGUCUUCAGGAUGUCGCUGCUCAUCGUGUCGACCUUCCUGCUCUGCUGGACUCCCAUAACCGCCCUCAACACGGUCAUCCUGACCGUAGGCCCCAGCGACUUCACGGUCAAGCUGCGGUUGGGCUUCCUGGUCAUGGCAUACGGGACGACCAUCUUCCAUCCGCUUCUCUACGCCUUCACCAGGCAGAAGUUCCAGAAGGUUCUGAAGAGUAAGAUGAAGAAGAGGGUGGUGAGCAUCAUAGAGGCCGACCCGCUGCCCAACAACGCGGUCAUACGUAACUCCUGGAUUGACCCCAAAAGGAACAAGAAGGUCACCAUCAACGAGGACGCCGAGGCCAGGCAAAAAUGUCUGCAGUCUUCAGAGGACGCUGUGGAAUGACUGUGAUUACUUAGUGAUCUUUUCAAGAGGUCCGGAUCUCAGGGGUUUGUCUGCAUAGGAAAGUCUUGGGCUGGCCGCAUACGUUUUUUUUCACACCGCCUAUGUCCAAAUGAAUAAUUUUCGGGAUGGGAAAAGGGUUUCAGUGUAAACUUAAAUAACUUUAACCAGAUAUAAAGUAUGUCGAAAAGAUAAUAGACCUAUAUAUUUUUUAACUACGAUUUUAUUUGAGAACUAAUAGUCACCGAAAUAAAAGCUAGACAGUUAGGCAGAAUUUAAAAUUCCCAAAAUGAUGCAUUCAGGAGUAUUUUAGUCAUGGCAUGAGGCCCACAUUGAUUUAUUAUGAUGUUCGAGUCACUCAGAUAGCAUAAGCCAUGGCAGAAUGUGUAGAAUUGCAGGAAAUGUGAUGUAAAACUGCACAUUUUAUCUCUGUCAAAAUGCGUAAAGUGGCCACGCCCCCCGCCCCCCACCAUGCCCAUCACCUAAGUCCCGUUUUGAUCCAGGAAAAAAAACUGGAUCUCUUGGUGUAAUGGCUAAGGUGUUGGGUUGACAGUCGCUGGACCCAGGUUUAAGUCCCGGACAACGAGACCAGACAGAAAUGUCUUCAGAGGAUGCUAUGGAAUGAAUCAUAGAAUCUAGUCAUUCUAUUUCUGUUGAAUGAAUUCUAGUCAUUCUAUUUCUGUUGAAUGAAUGAACUACUUAAGGGCAAGACGACACAAUAAGGAACGUUGACAGCAGAACACCUGAUGGGUGGCGACGGAUGGUGGUGAUUGUCGCAAAACUGAAAAGGAGUGCUGACGUUCUGUGGUCAAAGGAGGCUGGUGGAAGAAGGCCAAACGCUGCUUUCAGCCGUGGUCUGUUUUGUCCUCUAGUGCAAUAUUUAAAACUCAAAGCAGAGGAGGCUGGUGGUGGGAGAAAUUGGAGGACAGGUUCAUUGUAAUGGCUGACACUGAAAAAAUGGAAGGGUAUCAAACACAUCAAACAAAAUGACACCAGCCGCCACUGACUCUAAGAAAGGACUAAUUAUUAGGUUCAUCAGGUUGGGAUCAAAACAAGGGAAACACAUUCCAAAGCAGCAAUGUAAAUAUACAGAUAGCUGCCAAGAUAAAGGAAACCCCAACAUAAAGUGUCUUAAUGUGUUGUUGGUCCACCACGAGCCAGAUCGGCUUCAAUGCUCCUUGGCAUAGAUUCUACAAGUGUCUGAAACUCUAUUGGAAGAAUGCAACGCCGUUCUUCCACGUGAAAUGCCACAGUUCGGUGUUUUGUUGACGGUGGUGGAAAACGCUGUCUCAAGCGCCGCUCCAGAAUCUCCCAUAAAUGUUCAGUUGGGUUGAGAUCCGGGGACUGAAACGAACACGAGCACGCACACACGCACACGCGCACCCGCACGCACGCACGCGCACACACACACACACACACACACACACACACACACACACACACACACACACACACACACACACACACACACACACACACACACACACACACACACACACACACACACACACACACACACACUUUAAAUCCCCCAUGCUCCUUUGAGACCCCCUCUUUCAAAGUCACUAAGUCAUCUCUUCUUCUAUCCCUGGUGGCCAAAAUAAUGGGCGACUCUGCAUUUUUACACGUGACCCUAAGCAUGAUGGGGUGAUAAUUGCUUAAUUAAAUCAGGAACCACACCUGUGUGGAAAAACCUGGUUUCAAUAUAUUUGUAUCCCUAAUUUCCUCAAGUGGUUCCUUUAUUUUGGCAGUUACCUGUAUGUGUAUUUACUGUAAAUGUACAAAUACCAGAGAUGGAUAAGUUAUUGCUAUUUAUUGAAAACAAAGUACAUUAGAGGGUUCAUUGAUAAAAGCUGUAGAUAUUGCAUGGCUUUUGGUAACUGUAGAAAUAUAUAUAUAUAUAUAGAGAGAGACAUGUACAGUAUAUAAGGAAUACAUAUUAUAUAUAGAACAAGUAGGCAUUGUAUACAUUGUAUGUUUAUAAUAAAUGUUGUGUUCAAUGAA